CUGUCGUUAGGCUCGUUACAUUUCGACCCUAGUGUAAACAUCAAUGAGGUUGAUUCGAAGGGACGCUCUGCUUUGCAUUUGGCAACAUACUUAUGCGAUAUACAGGAAGUUGAACUUCUCCUUAGAGCUAAUGCAAGCUCCGAAGUAUGCGACUAUACUGGAAAGUCCCCACUCCGAGUUGCAGCUGCUUUAGGCCACGCCCAUAUUGUUGAGCUCCUGCUUGAUGCUGGAGCCGAUAUGGAAGCGCCAAAUGACAUUGGGGAAACUUCGCUUCGACAUGCUGUGAUCAGAAACAAAGUGGAAGUCCUGAAAGUUUUACAUGAACGUGGCGCGGCAUUCACGAUGGUCGAUAAUAUUGGCUGCACUGCGUUUCAUGAUGCGAUAUUGAUGAACGCGCACGAGUGUCUGCACUUCAUUUUGAAACUCCGAGUUCGGGUGGACCAGAGAAUCAGAUAUAUGACUAAUUCUAUCGGUCUGCAACUGUACACCCAGGGAAAAAGGGGCAUUUCUUAUUCUGUUAUGCUGCAAAUUCUAGUCAUAUCGCGCUCUUAUUAA